CCGAAAAUACGUCAAAUCCUGCCCGGUCCAAAACAAACGAAAUGGAAAAUGUUUGUGUACAAAAUUUAGCGUGAAUUUAGAAAAAAUGAACUGUUCCUCAAUUUAACGACUGUGAUAAGUUACCAUUGAGUCAAUGGAGGAAGAUUUCAGCUACUACGUAUAUAUUUCUUUGACGCUGAUUCCUGUAUAUCUGGCAUUUAGAUUAGUUCAAUGGAUGGGAUGGGAACUAUUUGUUAAUAAUUGAUUAAUAAAUACCAAUUCCCGUUCAAACGUGAACUAAAUGAAAUUUCAAUAGUGGCCAAUAUGCUGUAAAGAUGAUCAUACUGAAAUAUAUAAAAUUUGACCAAUUGAAACAUCAACUAGUAGCCACUUAAUGCAGUAGCGGAAGGAAAAUGUGUUCGCAAAAGCUGACAGCGAUCUCGAUCGAUAGCUAUCGUCCGACGUUUCAUCAUGAUCUCUUUUUCCAACUCACUUCGCCGUGCGAUAAGUUCAUUUUUUACAUCCUCUUCCUGUCGAAGUUGUGCGUUCAUAGCCGACAACCCUUCCUCGACUGACUUUACUUCAGAUAUUAAUAGUAUUUGAGAUUGGUCUCGACAAUUUUCCACCCGUGGGCGCUGAUUACGAUUAUCCAAACGAGUUUGGACAACUUUCAUCGAGUGAUCCAUGUUGCGUAUAGCAACUUUGAGCUUUUCAAUUUGGAUUUCAGUAUCAGCUAGGUGUUGCAGAGUCUGGAAGGAGAUGAAUUCGGGUAUUCUGAUUUUCUUUAUCGUAAAGUACAAACCAUUCGUAAAUCUAUUUCUAAUUUUCGACGAACUUCUUCCAUACAAGCAAUUCUAUCGGCCAAUGCUCGCUCAACGUUGUCCGCUUGUGAACGAAGGUCACGAGCCGUGUUCAUCAGAAUUUCAUUCAGAGUUCCACGAAGUUGUUCCGACUGGUUCCUGCAUGCUGUACACAUUGCCAGAGUUUCUCGGCUGAACUUUUCCCAGUAGAUUUCCGUCGAUUGUCUAAAACAUUCCGAAAUGAAUGAAUUGAGCAUAUGACUUAUGACAUAUCUCGUUUACUCAUUCGGGCAUCUUGUUGCACCUGGACGAAACAGUGUAAUUGUAGAUUUAUUUGUUAGAUUACAGUUUAUAGCAUCGUUUUCAUGAGCCACUUUUUUGUCACUCCAAUCGAACUCCAUGCGUUGUCGGGCUGCACGAUUCUGCACUUGCUGAGCUUCAAUGUCUGACAGGGUUUUGAGCAGCACAGCUCGAAUUUGGGCAAUCAGCGCUACCUCACGAAUUAAUUCCUCUUCGGGACAAUCGCGAAUAAGCUCAGUAUCAGGACGACCGGUUCUUCGUUCCAAACAUUCAGAUGCUGAAAAAGUGAUAUCGUAAAAAGUUCGAAUCUCAAGGAAUGAGUUUCAUUAUACCGAUUGCUUCCGGCAUUCGUAACACAGCCAACGAUUGUUUGAGCCUCCUUCGUUGCUCUUCGAGCAUACAAAUUUCAUCCUGCAUCAACUUUAUUGCUCUUUCCAGUUCAUUUUUCAUAUUAUCGAUUGUUUUCGCUCGAUUGUGUAAGCUUUCCGUACAAUCGGCUUGGAUUUUAUCCGAAAUGGCAUACGUCCGGAUGAUCGUAUUCUUGCUGUCAUGCUCAAUUUUUUCACUCUUGCUUGCUGUACUUGCGCAAGCACCUAUUGUAUCGGCAUUUCGUUGACGCCACUCGUCAACGCUAUAUCGCGUUAUUGAAUAUCGAUCCACGACAGGACGUGUGCCCGUUUGACCGGACAACGCACCCCAAUCGACGCGUCCCGUUGCCCAUGGACCGAUCGGGCCCAUGGGCUUAGCCAAGGGAUGAACAUCCGCGUUGCCACUUCGCUGUGGCAGAUAACAAGGAGGGUCACUAGCAGGAAGUCCUACAGGAUUAGUCCUCAGUUCCAUCGUGUCCGGACAUGGUGGCAUUGGAUCCCUGUGCACAUGGAACGGGUUAUCAUAGGAGGUUUCCUGUUGAGUAAAAAUGCAAGCUGUUUUUAGAUUCAAAUAUGAUUGAUUUGAAUUUUAUGUCGGUACGUGGCCCCAUCUAUUUGUUCUUGAUCUGUUACUGAUUUCUUGAAUUUCAUAUAGGUAUGUUCGAGCUUUCCUAGGCUUCUCAUUCUUUACUUUUAGCUGUGUAAUAAAAAAUGAAGUCUAUUGGAUUUAUUUAAUUUUCGAGGGAGGAUAAUAUAGUGUAAAAAGUUCUAAAAAAAAGUACCGUUUGAGUUGGUUGAUGUUCGAUGCAUACAGCAGCACAAGGAGUACAAGGAGGGCAAUUUAAGUUAGCCAUUGUAGUCAAAUUGAGUUUUAAAAAUCUUUAGUUUAUGAGAAUGAAAUCCUGAUAGUAAUUGGGACCGACGUCCACUAGUUUGCAAAAACAACGCGCGGUUGCUACGGGUCACAAAGCAACCGCUGUCAGCUGUGAGCAAUUCUUUGUUGAAAACGAUAAUAAAAAUCAUUUUCGAUGUUGGUAUGCCGACGGUUUAUAUAUUGAUACCCCAAACAAUUUUGGCCGGUCAAGCAAAUCAAUCGUUCCAAUCUUAUAAUCAGUUUCGAUACCGGGAUAGAUCUUCGAACCAACCGAUCAUCUUCUCUUUUAUCUUUCUUCAAAGGAUUACAAACUGCACAUCGCUCGACGCAUUUCGUGGUCAACUGUGUUCUACCGAGAUUCAAUAUUGACGCAUAUUAAUCUCACACAUACGCAGUGCAAUGCAUAACAGAUCGUUCUUCCAAGAUCGAUGUGAUUAUUUCAGUAAUUUAUUUAUUUAUUACCACCGUCUUCGAUUACUCGCACAGACUGAACUAUUUACUUACAAUCUAUGUAUUAUUAAUUUUCCUAUUUCUAAAAACGUUUUUGCUUAAAUUGCUUAAAUUCAUUACAUACACAAUUAAACAGGCGAAGACAUGAAUCAAAUGGAUUGUUGUAGCCGUAGUUUGUUCUAUGAUAUGGAACAGCUAGUAGUGAUGAAUUCCGAAAACGACGGGGAGGAAUGUUCAAAUGAACCUGUGCAGGAAGUUCAGGGCAGUCAAUUGAGCCUUGCAGUAUGUCGAAGAUAAAUAUCCUUUGCAAUGUAACGCGCCUGGUUGAUAACCGGUCGGAAUAAGGAGGAAGAUUAGAUGGGUCAUUCCGCGGGAGCCGUCUCAGGGCAAAACGUUAAAAAAUUUUCAGCACCCGUUCUAUCGUCAAAGCAUGAACUACAUAGAAAGGGGACCGAACAGGAACAGCGUAUUCCAGAAUGCUGCGGAACAAUGAGCAGUAUAACAUCUUUAGGGCACGAGUGUCUGUGAACUCAUAUGCGUCACGGCGGAUGAAAAAUCAAAUCAAAGUUUCGAAAACGAAAGCGUUACACCGGAGACCGAGAUUUUGAGCGUUAAUAGCUCUGAAACAGCUGAACGAAAUGGUAUGAUAAACACUUCAUUUGAAAGAUAAAAUGUCUACACGUUAUAUACUUGAUCCAAAAACUUGUUUCAAUAGCCUUAAAAUUGCUUUCAAAACAGGCUAUUGAUAUCACCAAUCGGUAUAUAAGCGAGCGCCGCUCGGAAAUCCACUCAGUUGUAAUUGAACAACGAUUGGAGCAUGCUGUCGCUGUUGUGGUGAAACUAACUUCAUCAUGAAAGCGCUGAUGAACGGUGUCACCAAGAGCCUGUUUGUGCAUCUUAGGCCAGAAGGGAAUCCAUCAGGGAAAAGGCGAUCAAGAGAGUAUCAGCAUCGAAAAACGGUUCUGCUUGAGGCAUCGAAGCAGCCGUCACACACACACAUACACGCGCGAAAUUCUUUCCAUUUGGUUGCUAUCCAGCAUCGAGAAGAUUCCGGAAAGAUGUAAUCGUUGCUGAAAAACAUUCUGUCAGUUCCCCUUGGAAUUGAAAAAUACAUUUAAACGAAAGAGUUUAUUUUAAAGUUUUCUAUCCUUAAAACACUGCGACCAAAUACAUUUGGUUUUGCGAUUUUUUAAUCAAGUGCAAUUAAUUAGCAGGAAAGCUUCUGAAGAUUAUUUUUCCCCGUUAGUAGAAUAUUUUCGUAUCCAAUAUUGGUUGCGCGCGCAACGGGAAAUGUUUCGCAACGCGAAAAUCAUAUAAUUUUCAAUCGAUUAUUGCUCAGUCGCUGAAAGUUUCAAACUCAGAGAGUUCAUUCACCUCUAGUUCAUCUUCCUAACUGCAAUCGUAAACCACCCCUUCCCUCGAUUCAAUCACGGACAAAAAGCAUACUCAAGCGAUAUUUUGGUGGUGAAACGCAUAAACUAGAGGCGAAUGAAUUGAAAGGUUUAAAGCCUCUUCAAUUCAAUAACAUCAUCAUGAAACGCAUUCAUUCUUUGUGUGGACACCGACUGGACAACAUUGUUGCUGGACGAGCUGGACGGCGAGGGAUCGAGUGCCUUUCUCAAGGCAAUGAGGGUGGAGGUGUAGUGCAGGUGUAGAGUAAAGUUUUACAAGGCCGAACUGAAAAAGUUUAGCAAUGAACUGAAAAAGUUUAAAGUCCUAUAAUCAAAAACCGAACCGAACUUGAAACGUAUUCAUUUUUCGUGAGGACACCGACUGGACAACAUCUUCGCUGGACGAGCUGGACGGUGAGGGAUCGAGUGAUUCAUUACCUGACCUGACCUGACCUGACCUAAAACGCAUUCAGUUUGUUUCGAACUGUGAGGGAGCGCAGAAAAGACGAUCCAUAGGGAAGAGAAGAGAAGGCGAUCAAGAGAGUAUCAGCAUCGAAAAACGGUUCCGCUUGAGACAUGGGAGCAGCCGCCACACACACACACACACACACACACACACACGCACAGAACUCUUUUCGUUUGGUUGCCAUCCAGCAUUGAGAAGAUUCGGGAAAGAUGUCAUCGUUGCUGAAAAAUAAUCUGCCAGUUCCCCUUGGAAUUGAAAAUUACAUUCAAACGAAAGAGUUUAAUUUAAUGUUUUCUAUCCAUGUAAUACUGCGACCUAAUACAUUUGGUUUUGUGAUUUUUCAAUCAAGUGCGAUCAACGUAGACCACGUCUUUCGGCAAUUUAUUAGAGGUGUAAUGAAUCUAAGGAAGGAAUUCCCGCUCUACGCGCACUGGAAACGAUGUUUACUCAACAAUUUUUCAAACGAGGAAUGGGUGUUGUGAGAACGGAUGAACGAACGCAAAAAUUAUGUAGACUGAUUUGAUGCAACAGAAAUGGAAUACAAAUCAUAUCACAAUAAAAGCAAUGUAUUAUGUAUUAUACAACUCUUGUGUGAUUGUUUCUUUUGCUCAAUAUUGUGCCUCCAACGUAACGCUCUCGUUUUCGGAGUUCCCCAAAUAUUCAUUUAUUCAUUCAUUCAGAAUUGAUUCAGAUGCAACUAGAAACAAAUGAUCACUAAAUCAACGAUAGUCCUACGUGUCCCUUGCGGUUAUACCACAUAUAUAACCUACUUCCUGUUUUUUGUCAUUGACCCUCAUUCCGAUGUGGCCACACCACACCAUCCUAUCGAUUUCUUCUUGUAAAACCAAACAAUUCAAAAGAGACGAGAUCACACGGUAGAUUUUCACAUCAUCAGCGAAUGCAAGUUUGGACGAUGAAAGCCGGAGACACAAGUCGUUGAUGUAUAUGAUAAAUAAUAGCGGUCCCAAAACGCUUCCCUGUGGUACACCAGAUGUGAUGUCGAAACUACGGGAUCUAGCUGAGUUGACCACAACAUAUGCACUGCGAUCACUAAGAUACGAAAAAAUCCAUUCUGUUAUUGAAUGUGGAAAGCCUAUGCACUUCAGUUUCUCAACAAUUAGAAUGUGCGGGACAGUAUCGAAGGCUUUCGCGAAGUCAACUUGCCGCCUCUCUUCAAUUUCUCGGGACAGUGCGGUGACGUAGCACAUAAGAUUCGUUGUGGUCGAGCGAUGUUUCAUAAAUCCAUGUUGCCCUUCAUAGAUAACAGAUGAUGCAGCGUUAUAUAGGACAUUAUGCACCAGUCCUUCAAACACCUUGCUGAGACAGCAAAGUAUAGACACUCCACGAUAGUUUGUUACUUGACUAAAAUUCCCAGAUUUAUGGAUAGGAACGAUAACGGCAGAUUUCCAAGACGCUGGGAAGAUUCGUUCCUGAAGCGAUCGAUUGAGUAGACGAGCAAUUGGAUUCGCAAGUUCUUCGGAGAAUUUUUUCAACAAAGGUGGUAUACCAUCUGUGCCAGAUCCCUUUUUCAUAUCCAGGGAUGGUAAAAAAUCACAUUCAACGAUCAAUGAAUAAGUAUAUCCCUCUAGUCGGAUGUUUUUAAAUCACCCCAGCAGGCGAUGCUCUUUUAUUCUUCAUAUGUACACAGAGAGAAUACUUGGAACGGUGAGCUACCAAGAUCUCAAAAAAGCAAUAUGAAAGCGGAAUCCCCACUGCUUGCACUCUCGAAGCAUUGGGCCCUAUUAUAGAAAUCGAGGCGAUAAGAGUUUUGCUCGUUAGCUCUAUUUUACUAUUAUAGAAAUCGAGCAAUUCGAUAGCACCGAGCGAGUGAUAGCUAUCGAUGCAAGUGUCAGAACUUUUCGAGUUGUUUGGUUCGCUUCUUGUAUAUCUUCAGAGAAUUAUUAUUUUUUGUUUGAUCCUUGAUAUUUUCCUUUGGGAAACAUUUCAGAAACGCUUAAAUAUAUGCAAUUUUUAACACAUGUUCGUUUGUUUUGAAAGGUUUUGAACAGUAUAUGUUUUACGGUGCUGCCAGAAUAGUCUAUACAAGAACUUACUUCCAGUGCAUAUCUCAGUGGCUGUAAAUGAGUGGACAGACAAAUCAUCACCAGUUUGAACGACUCUUUAAACCAAUGAAAGCGAAUGUAAACAUUGCUCGAGGUAUUUGUGGAGGCAGUUCAAGUAGAAUCCCGGUUAAAGAAACGUGGAAGGAAUUCAUUGAGGAGCCUAAUGCACUGAGACCAUCAAUGUGUCUUGGUUCAGAAUGGCAGAAAAUUUGGAUUGACAUGAGGUGAAAGGUAAAGAAAACACUAGAACACAACAAGCGAGAAUUUAGGGCCACAGGUGGUGGCACAAUACAAUAAAGCUAUUGACGCCGCUACAACGAGAAAUCGACGCUAAGAGAGAAUCACAUGCAAAAAAAAAUAUUUUGUCAAGAAAAGUGGGAUUCAUGCGUGACUCCUUACGGAAUUCCAUAGAUUGCAGUUGUGAAAAUACAUGAAAAAGUUCAUUUUCUAAUAAUUAUAUUUUUUGUAAAGCAAAUUGUUCCAUGAUGUCAUUUUUAUUACACAUCCAUGAAUGUAUUACGCCUAUUAAGCUUAAUUCGUUGAGGGAAUACCAGUUUUCUCCAAAA